ACAAAGACUUGCAUGGUUCGUCCUGUCGAUCGCGCGUUUGUUUCGCGACUCCUGCCAAACCGAAUGUCGCGCUGAUUGAUGUGCAGUUAAACACGCCGCCCGCGUAGCAUGGAACUACCUACGGAAGGUGCGACUGCCUACCAGGUGGUCCUGACUGGAUUCGGAGGUUUCGACAAGUUGGCGGUUAGCGAAAGAGCGGUCGCUGCCCACGACGACGAGCUCGGAGAUUCCGACGUGCGGGUGCGGGUCAGAGCGUGCGGGAUGAAUUUCGCCGACAACUACGUGCGCCAAGGAAUCUACGUCACUGGGAACCUACGGCCACCGCUGGUGAUGGGCAUGGAGGCAGCGGGAGACGUUGUCCAGGUUGGCAGCGACGUCCGAAGAAUCAAGGUGGGUGACCGGGUGAUGUGCUGGUCAUUCCGCUACGGCCUCUGGACCAGCCUGGCUUGUGUGCCGGAAGCCCGCUGCCUGCGCCUGCCCGAGCAGAUGAGCUACGCCGAGGGGGCGGCGUUCCCCAUCAACUACGCCACCGCCUACCUGGCUAUCCUCGACUUUGGAGGACUCAAAAAGGGGCAGAAGGUGCUUGUCCAGGCCGCCGCAGGAGGUGUCGGCUGGGCAGCGACGCAGCUCUGCCACACGGUGGAGGACGUCACCGUAUUUGGCACGUCCUCGGCUUCCAAGUUCACGCUCACGCGGCGCAACGGGGUGAAUCAUCCAAUCAACUACCGCGAAGAGGACUUUGUGCAAAAGGUGCUCCAGAUAGAACCCAAAGGCGUCGACAUUGUGCUGGACAGUCUCUCUGGGGCAGACUUCACCCGCUCGAGGCAGCUGCUGAAACCAAUGGGACGCCUGAUUCACAUCGGCAUCAGCAACAUGGUUGUGGGAGAGCGCUUCAGCGUGUGGAACUCCCUGAGGACCUGGUGGCAGACUAGGCUUGUGAACGUCUACGAUCUUAACACGGACUGUCACGCCGUGUGCGGUUUCAACUUGGCCCUGUUGGCGGAUGUGGACCCGGACCGGGUGCUGCAGGUGCUUCAACACCUGCUCGAGUUGUACGGGCAAGGGAAAGUGAAGCCUCGCAUCGAUUCCCAGUGGAGCUUUGGAGAGCUCAGUGGGUGGGUGCAUUCUCUUACAGGUGGCUCGGGCAAUGGAGCACAUGAUUACCAGGAAGAACGUUGGCAAGAUAAUCCUGAUCCCAGGGGGUGCCAGGGGAAAGGCAGAGGAAACAACAAGCUAAAGAGGGCCGGGAAGUUGAGGAUAACAUUGCGGUAGGCGCCAAACACUUCAAGGCAGCGAGCCCCGACCUGCACUUGCCGCGCUGGAACCCCUCUUAAUGGACUGUGAAGGGACGUUGGCGCAUGAGACAUGUCAUCAAGAUACUACUGGGAAGUUGGUUUAGCUACUUGAAGCACAGCUGGAAAUACUUCCCUGGUAUUCUCGUGCCUUAAUGGAGACAACCGAUGUUUACAUAUAGCUCCACACUAAUGGUGUUUGAAGAGCUAUGGGCAAUAUUUGAAUCUUUGCGGCAUCCUCCAGUGUCCAGGUCCCAUAUGUGUUACGUGUCUCUUAUUUUGGACGCAGCGAGAACUCUGCUAAAAUAAUUUUUUGAAGUGGAACAAUAUCGCAUGAGAUUCAUAGUAUCGAUUUUGAAGAAUUCACUCCUUCUAAUGUGGUGCCUCACAAACUUCUCUGGUGUUGGUAGAUUAGUUAUAAAUUCAUAGAUUGAUUGUUGCCAUUUGUAGGAAAUUUCAAACUCGGUCUUGUGUGGCCCCAGGACCACGAACGUCUAGACAAGCAUGAUAUAAAUAAAUCUUUAAUUCAUUUUUCAGUUGCUCUAUGCUUUCACUCUACGCCAGCCUGCUCUUCAAAAUUUUCAUGUUGCCAUUGAGGGCACUUUGAAAUAUGAUUCUGUUCGUACCGCAGCUCCCUCAUUAAUAGUACACGAAAAAAAAAGUUGAAUGCCAAGUCUCAAGAAUAAAACUAUUGUGCUAAAAGCACUCCUGCAGUCAUUUACUGCUUGUGCAUGAACGUGGGUAGUAGUUUAUCUUCUCCGAAGAACUAAAUUGAGAAGUUUUGGCACUGCAGCUCUUCAGGGUUAUCUGCAAUAAGAAAACGAAGGUCUCUUGUCAUUAGCAUUAAAACAAACAAACAGCAACAAGCACAACCACUAUCAGGUUCCUUCUAGAAGCUGAAAAAUAAUUAGUUUCAGCUUUGAGCACAUCGCGGAAUCAUUGCAAGACUAUCCGAUGCUCAUUCCACCGGCUGAAGCAAAUAGCUAGAUCAAAAACACUGCUUUGUAACGAAGGUGUUCGAAAUGUGGCGCAUUUGUUUUGUAAAAUUUGGAAGCAAUGUGCCCUUAUUCAGAAAAGAAGAUAAAAUUUAGCUUUGACAUUGGCCAAAGCACUAUUUGAUUGUAAAAAUGAAGGAACGGGAGGAAUCUCGGAAUUAUUCCCUUCCCACUGCCGUAAAAUCAAACGUACAAAUGACUCCCAGUUAUGUUUUCUUUUUUUAUCUCUACGCUCCUAACUUUACGUUAUCAGAGUUUGCACUCUCAGCUUCGACUGAUAUUUAAACAAAAAUAUAGCUUUUAUUCGGUAGCUUUUCAAUGCUUUAUUUCAGAUUAAUUUUUACUGAUUGCUUUUAACCGAUGUCUUCUUUGUAGGCAUUUUCAUGAAACAGAUGCACUUGAUGUAGCCGCCUCACAGUCGUGACUCGUAAGUUAGUUUCGCAUCUUGCAGCGCUGCUCUUAGCCAGAGUGUCGAACCGAAAUUAUUUUGAUUCUCUUCAGGUUCGGGUUCACGGCUUUCCCUUCAGUUUUGGUUCAGUUCAGGGGAGUCAAAAUAGCGGUUCCGCGGUGUUUUGGCAAUAUGCACUAUUUCAACCGUGAAACAAGGAACUAUAUAGCUUUUUUUAUCAUUCAUACAACCCACUUCACUUUUCACGUUCAAAAAAGAGGAAAUUGCAGUAUUUCAUUCUGACGACUCAA